AUGGCACCUAGGACCACCUCAUUGCACACCAACCCCGAUGUACAGACACCCAGUCCGACCUCCUUUUCAUUCAUAAAUUCUUGCGGUGCUGACGCACAAAUAGAUUUAGGUUAUGGUGACAUUUUAAGCCAGUUUGUAGUAUCCCGUGACUUAUUCACGAUAUUGCUAAUUAAUGCACGUUCCUUAAUCAAUAAGAUAUCUGAACUAAGGACAUUAUUAUUAGUCGCCAAGCCUACUGUAGCUCUGAUUACUGAGUCAUGGUGCUCAUCCUCUGUACUUGAUGUGCAUAUAGGUAUCGAUGAUUACACUGUACACCGUGCAAACAGAGAUUGCAAGCGUGGUGGAGGAUGUCUCAUAUAUAUACAUAGCUCAUUUGUAGUCAGUAAGGUGGAAGAUGAAACAAUGAAUAAUGUACCUGACUCACUCUGGGUUGUCUUACAUGGAGAUAAGUACAAACUUCUCAUAGGCUGUGUUUAUCGAGCACCAAGCUCAACAAAAGAAACUGAUGCGUUAUUAGCUAAAUCGUUUGCACACGCAUCCUCGUUUAGUGCUAAUUACAAAAUAAUUGCAGGGGACUUCAAUCUUCCAGAAGUCAAUUGGCUAACUAGUUCCGGCCCCCAACGCUUCGACGAAUUACUUGCCACUAUAGACUGUUAUGGAUGGCAACAACACGUCCAGACACCUACUCGUGGUGACAACAUGUUGGACCUUGUUUUUUGUCAUGACACAAUCCCAGUAUCCACUUAUGUUGGUAAUCGAUUUUCCAGUAGUGACCAUAGAAUGGUACUCUGCUCUCUGCCUUUCUCACCACUAAAUACAGGAAACAAACAAGACUCAGGAAGCACAAUAUGUCGUAGUUACAAAUAUACAGACUGGGGAUUAGUCCAAGAACUUAUUCGACUCUGUCAAUGGGAUGACUAUUUUACCACUGACUCCCUGGAGGCCUUAGUAACCCUGUUUUACAGGAAUGUUACCCUUUGUCUAGAUACAGUUGCUCCAAAGAAAAUAGUGAAAUUAAGUAGACACCGAACUGAAUAUAUUCCAAGGGCACACCGUAAUAAGUUAAGGAAACUGAAGAAACAGUACUAUUCCACUAAGGACAUAUCACUAUUGCUCUCAAUCCACGAGUCUCUUGAAUCUAUCAAGCGCCUACGCUCUCAAAAGGACCUCGACGAAGAGUUAACGGCACUUGAAAGUACCUCCAAAGUUUAUAACUUAACGGCACUUCUUAAAAAACGAAUGCAGUCGGCGAGGGAAAUCCCAUACUUACUUCACGACAAAGUAAUCUACAAUGAACCUGCCACUAUCUGUGAACUUUCAGUGAUUGGUUUGCAAACUUUAGUUUAG